AUGAAUAAACGUGAAGAUUUUAUUACUGAACCUGACACAAAUACUUUUUUUAUUUAUGAUGCAAUUGAUUACUCAAAUAAUGAAGGAUAUUUUUUACGACUACAUACAGUUUGUUCAAAUGGUC